AGAGAACCAGACUCUUGCAAGCGCGUGUGCGCCGGCCAGCAGGCGGGAGGGGAUCAUCCCCGCACACGCGCCGCCGCCUUCGGACGAGGUUGCAAGAGACCUGGGAACAAGGCCUCAAGUGACUUGCACCCAAAAGCCUCUGAUGCUUCACGAUUUUCCUUCCCUCUGCGAGGAUUACACCACCCAGGAACGAAGGGGCUGGACGUCACGCCGAGGCACAGAGGAGGAGACGGGCUUCUGGCCGCGUGUCUUUAGGACGCCGCAGGAGCAGCAGUCGCCGGGGAAGGAGCCCCGAGGUGGCGACAACUGCAGCAGCAGUUUAAAGCCCAAGCAUAACUAAGUUCAGAACGCCACGGGGUGGGAGGUAGGAAAGUCUUGCGGCCAGCUGCCUGCUGAGACAGGCUGCUCAGACACUGACAGCAGCAGCCGCACCCCUCAUCCACCCACCUACCCCCGGGUCAAGGGCUAAAGAAAAGUGCCCGCUGAUUGAAUCAGUAACGUUCAAGGCGGCAGCAGCGGCAGCGAGACCCUCGGGGCGACCAGCGACCCUUUUGCACUGCGCGCUCCCGCCUGUCCAUCUGUGAAGUCACCAGGUUGCGGAGACCGGGGUGGGGGGCGGGAAAGAGAAGUAGCCGCCUUGCCGACACUGGGGGCGGCAGUAGUCGGAAUUAGCGAGGAGAGAGGCGCGAGAGCCCUCUAGUUGGGGCGCUCCCUCUGGCCGCCAGCAGGGGCGGGCGUUGCCCUCCCCUUGGAUGCUGCCGCCGAAGGCAGGCCGGGCAUCUCUACCGCAAGCCCCGCUCCUUCUCCUCCCCCUUCUCCACAGGCGCAGCGCCGGCGGCUCUCUGCUGCCCGGCAGCCCGAGGACUGCCCCGCCACUACCGCAGCUUCUUCGGUCGCUGCAGCGCGCUCCGGGCCCGAGGAGGCAGCGGCGGUGGGGGAGAGAGAAGCCAGCAGCCGCCCCUUGGUGCGCUGCUGCUUCUGCAGGCGGGCAAGACCACAUGCGGCGCCGGGCGGCAGGAGCAGCAGCGCCCCCUGCAGCCGGCCCCGCUCCCUGCCACGGCCCCGCUGCCGUCGGGCGGGCGUCUGCAGCCUCCUUUCCCUGCCGCCUCGGAAGCCGCCUCCUGUCCCGAAGUGGCUCCGCCGUGGUGGCGGUGCGGCGGCGCUGGCUGCUCCUCCUCCUCUUCUGCCGGCCCGAUUGAUCCUGAGAGCGGCGCUGGAAGUCCGGCUCUCGCACCACUAGCCGCGGCGGCGGUGGCGGCUCCCCCUCCUUCUCUUGUUGCUGCUCCUGCUCAGUUGUCGCCGCCGUCGCGGAGCCCUAAAGCCGCCCGCUGCAGGAGGAUGGUGCGCCUGGCGGCCGAGCUGCUGCUGCUCCUGGGACUACUCCUGCUUACCUUGCAUAUCACCGUGCUGCGGAGCAGCGAACCCGACGCCAAGGCGGACAACCACAGCCAGAGCCAACAGGACAGUCUCCAUACAGAUAGUCUUUCAUUGCCUGAUUCCAGCUUCACAUUAAACCCUGAGGACAGACGGGAUUAUCCUGACCACCAAGUAGCACACAAGUCAUUCACCAAACAGCGAUUCAGGCAGGAGAAUGGACAUACAUCUUUACAAAGAGAUGGACCCAGAUCUUUCCUUCUGGAUCUCCCAAAUUUCCCUGACCUCUCAAAAGCAGACAUCAAUGGGCAAAAUCCAAACAUCCAGGUAACUAUAGAAGUUGUUGAUGGGCCAGACUCUGAAGCAGAGAAAGAUCUUCAAAGGGAAAGUAGCAAGCCCAGUUGGCCUGUUCCAUCACCAGAAUGGAGGAACUGGUGGCAGAGAUCAGCACCUACAGUUACCCGCAUGAGUAGCGGUGACCAAGAUUACAAGUAUGAUAGUACCACUGAAGACAGCAACUUUCUAAACCCCGUUGGUGGUGGGUGGGAUAGGCAUGCAUCUAGUCACCGGAUAUCUGAAUCAAAGGAACAGCCAGAAUAUGAUUACAUAGAUGGAGAAGGAGAUUGGAGCCCUUGGUCUAUUUGUAGUAUAACUUGUGGCAGCGGCAAUCAGAAGCGCACCAGAACCUGUGGAUAUGCCUGCACAGCCACUGAAUCAAGGACAUGUGACAGGCCAAACUGUCCAGGGAUUGAAGACACCUUCAGGACAGCAGCCACAGAAGUGAGUUUGCUCGCAGGAAGUGAAGAAUUCAAUGCUACAAAGCUGUUUGAAGUUGAUACUGACAGCUGUGAAAGGUGGAUGAGCUGCAAAAGUGAAUUCUUAAAGAAGUAUAUGCACAAAGUGGUCAAUGACCUUCCUGCUUGUCCUUGCACAUACCCCACAGAAGUAGCCUACAGCACUGCAGAUAUCUAUGACCGGCUUAAGCGGAAGAACUUUCGUUGGAAAGACGCAAGUGGGCCGAAGGAAAAACUGGAGAUCUAUAAGCCUACCGCUCGCUAUUGCAUCCGAUCCAUGCUGUCCUUGGAAAGUACUACUCUAGCAGCCCAGCACUGCUGCUAUGACGACGGCAUGCAGCUCAUUACGAGGGGCAAAGGAGCAGGAACCCCCAACCUCAUCAGCAUAGAAUUCUCAGCAGAACUUCAUUACAAAGUGGACAUUUUGCCCUGGAUCAUUUGUAAAGGGGACUGGAGUAGGUAUAAUGACGCUAGGCCACCUAAUAAUGGCCAGAAAUGUACAGAUAACCCUUCAGAGGAGGACUAUUACAGACAAUUUCAGGAAGCCAGAGAAUACUGAGAAGGGAAAAAAAGAAGCCAACCUCUUUCAAAGUCUAUGAAACAUGGACAGUUCGUUGGUCUGCAGGACACAACAUCAAAUAAACUCUUGGCAAAUAGAGUUAACCUCCCAUUCCUCCCCUCCCCCCCCAAUUGUAUAUAAUUGUAUAGAAUACACAUUUUUUCAUAUGUGUUAUUUAUAUAUGCAUAUACAAAAUUGCAUACAGACCCCUGUGCUUGAAGUCUUGAUAGACAUUUAUAAUAGUGAUAUCCAUUCUGCAUCAAUGCUAAGGUUUUUGUGUUUUAAAACCCUGCUCAAUUAAGGACUGGGCCAUUAUCUUUUAUCUGUGUCCAGAUGUUAAAUCUGUGCCCUAUUGGAUUCCAUGGAAAAAGCUCAGCUUUCAGUCUUGAAGAAACUCCAGAGUUCACUUUUCAACUGCAAAACCCAUUUAUUUUAAACGGGGCUUUUGCUGGUGCAUUACCUGAAUAUUGUAAAGUAGUUGAGGAGUGCAUCUGAAGGUACUAUUUUUGUUAGCAGCAUCAGAGACCAGAGUCAGCAUCCAAUCAUAUUGUGCCUAUGCAGGAGUCAGGGGCUUUGAUCUGUAUCAAAGGCUAGAACUAUGUGGUUGCUUCUGUGAGUAAAAAACUAUAGUGUGUAAAGUGUGCCUUUGACACACUCCAAGGCCCCCUUAUCCUACAAAGCGUAAGGGCACCUCUGACAUAUUUUUACUAAGUAAGUCGAGCAGAAACAAAACAUUAUGAAACAAUUCCUAUACAUAAGUUAUUUAAUACAAAUUCAGCAUAAUUUCUUUAGAGAUAUAUUGAUGAAAAUAUUUAGACAUAUUUAAGAGAAAUAUUUUUUUUUUGAAGGGGCAGGGCAGUAAUUAUUUGAAAGAAGGGACAAAGGCUGGUAGGUAUAACAACACACAAAGCAAAACUCUCUUCAUCUUCUUUCUGGUGUUGCACUUCCCUUGCAGUUCAGCCUGGCACAGGGCCCCCGACAAAGUGCUCGUAAUAGCUCUAGGGAGAUGUGCAGAAGUCAGGCACAUUUAUUAUUAUUAUUAUUAUUAUUAUUAUUAUUAUUUUAUGCCACCACCCAAAGAUAAGACCUUGGAAAAUGUUUGCAUGAAUGUUCGAAGUCCACCAAGGUCAUCUUCACAUAUGCUGCCUUUUAAGGUGUACAAAGAUGUACAGUGUUAACGUAACAAACUCAUAUAUCAUACAGGCACAUUUCUCUGGGAGCCAGCAUUGGCUACAUUUCCCUUUUGAGUGCCCAUUUGCUGACUAACCUUGUUUGUGUGAAACAGCCCUAAGUGAAACAAGCAUAAGCAACUUGUAACAGGCUUACCCACUGUGUAUAAAGCAAAAAAUGUGGGUGGUACUCAAGAAUUGCAAUUAAAGUGUCACAAUUAAAACUCACACGCAACAACCAGAUCAGUUAAUUGGGAAAGUAUCAAAUGUGUUUCUGAACUGAAGGUGAGUUUGCAUGUUCACUUUAGUGACUGAUUCAUGUUAUGGCUGAUGGCAAUAGUUUCCCAUCUUCAGAUUACUCAUAAAAAACUACAGCUAUUGGCUCUCGCUCUCUAUUUUUUUAGGGUACAUGAUAUACAGCCUCCAUGUGGAGGCCACUUUAAAUUCUUCUCUGCAGGAGCAUUUCCCCCAUUCCACUGCUGAUCAAGGUCCCAAUCCAACAAAGGUGAGAACCCUUAAGCCUACUGACUUUCACCUAUGCCUUUGUAUUGUGGACUAUAUCUACCACAGCAUGAAGAAAAUGGCCUGAUCCACUUCAGUACCCAUGCACACACAUCAUGCUUUUAACUGGAGAAAUCUGUUAUGGAGAACAAUUUAAAGCAGCCUCCAUGUGGUGCCAUUAUUAGUUGUACAAGCUCAACUGCUAAAGGAAUGUGCUUUAAGAGAUUUGUUUUUAAAACAUGCUCCUACUGCUGUUUAUCCUUAAGUGUAUACCAAGUCAUUUGGCCAUAUACCAAGUAAGCACAUAGUAUUACACAAAAGAAAAAAAAAAUCAAUGAAGGGAAGAAGAGUUAUAACUUGAACUUAACUGCAUUAUUUUGUAGUGUAUUAAGCUGAAAUUAACAUGAAUCAGCACAGUUAAAAGUGGCAAUGAAAGGGACUUUCUGAAAGGCACAAACAUGUUCCAUAGAGAGCUGAUGCAUAAAUCCUAAAGCAAGUUUAUAAAUAAAGCCAUUGUGAAACAUCUG